UUUUUCAUACCUUUCAUUAUUUCUCGCGCGUUUACUUGUUGCAGACGUAAACAACUUUUUCUCUCUGCUUGGACAACUGUAAUUGGAUAUAAUGGAGCUUUUUGCAACGGUACACGUUGCAUUUAUCACGUCAUUAUUAUUUUCAGUGUUUAAGUUGAUUAUGUGCCAGGAUCAAGUCACAACUCCAGGCACGGUCUUUGUCACAGAAGGUGAAAUAGCUACCUUUUAUUGCCGAUUUGAUCCCUCAAAUCUUGUCGCGUUGGAUUGGAAGAAGGGAGAGGAUGUGAAUACCGCUGUUUCUCUUAUCAGAUUAUUUAAGACACGCACAAUUCGUGGCGAUGAUCUUAGGGUUGACAUGACAAGAAAUUAUUCUUUGACUAUUAAUGAAACCACACAAGCAGACAGUGGAGUUUACUGGUGUCAGGUGACAUUGCAAGGCGUCUUUGAGUCAUCCACAAACCUCACAGUAUCACCAGGUAAGAAGAAAUUGGUUUAUAUUUAGUUCAAAGCUUUAGAUACUGGUGGUCAACAAAUAUUCAUCACUUCGUGAACUGGAACGUCCUGCAGAGUAUUCACCCACUCCUAGCCUUGUGUGCCAGGCUGUAAGGCGAAACACAGUGAAAAAUGUAUUGUACGACACAUGCGCUGGCAAUCCUUGUACCUUGUGUUCAUCUCUUCCAAAAGGUCCACUAGGAACUAUAACUGGAAGUAUUGGCGUUACGAGAGUAAAAAAAAUUGUGUAAUUCAGGGGUUAUGCUAUUCAUAGCUCUGCAGUCACGGUCUUACACUAACCAAAUUCCUAAUUUUGACCCUGGAUUAAACACUACACUGAACAAUAUCCCUAACCCCUAACAACCUAAAACCCAAUCACAACCCUGCCCAUAUCCCUAUCUUUGAGGAAAUAAAGCCCAGAGUACUUGUCCAUGAAGUGUAUGUCAGAUCAGAAAUAGUAACAUGUUGGCUCAAAAUCACCACCAGUAUAAAGUCAUCGUAUGGUAAAUGUUGGCAUCAAGGUUUUUUUUCAAAGGCUAGAUUAUGAGCUUUCUAACUUUAAUACAUCUACAGUAUACAUGUAGCUUUUGCAGUUUACUGAACACUUUUUCUUUACGGAGCCGGAAAGGCGUUUACUCAUACAGGUGUGUAUAUACUUUAACAAAGAGUUAACGCUUGUGAUGGCUUACGAAUAUUACUUAUUAUAAGAGCAACCAGUUUCUAUCGCUAUUAUUCAGAGAUUGAAACCAACUUUAUCAACAUCUGAUCUGUUCUUUUUUCAGUUCUCGUAAAUGCAUCGUUAUCUUUUUUCAAGCUACUGA